UAUAUGUUUCCAUUUGUUGAAAGGAAUUUUCCGCAAAACGUGGAAAUUUCUCCCUCGUCUCACUCCCUCUCCGUUCCCUCCCCCCCUUUCACCCCAAACGUCGCCAUCGACAACCGCGUGACGGCGCGGCGCGGCAGCGUCUCGCUCGCGCCGACUGCGCGCGUGCUGUUGACCGGUCGCCAUGGUAACCUAGCGCGACGAGUCUACAGUGGCCCAAGGUGGAUGGACUGCGGGCUGGCGCGCCUGAACAGACAGAGCAGAAGUCAGUGCACGCGCGGACGCGAAACCGGACGUGUGUAACGUUCGUUGCGCUCUCUUUCUCUCAGUUUUCUCUCUUUUCCCGUCUCUCUCUCGUCGUGCCACUUCCAGUAUUUUUUUUUCUCUCCCUCUCUUCUCGCGCGACGUGUCGCCUUCCGGAUCGCGCGGCGAAUCACCCCCCCCCCUACCCCCAUUGCGCGCUUCCGAGCGUACGUGUUGAUGGUGUUUGUGUUCCUCUUGUAUCCAGGCUCUAAUCCAGACUGCCGGAGCGGACGUUCUUCGCCCGUGGCCGAAAUCAGCCGUUGACAGUGACAUUAUGGAGUGAUUCGAUCGACCUCGUCAGCAGCCGACCAGACAGCGCCGCGGCGUUUUGACACACGUUCACUCACGCUACGAUCGGCAACGUCGCCGGGAUUUUGGGAUAUCAAGGCUUCUCCCGACAGAAAGUCGAUAUGACGUCGCUGAAAAUUAAUGAGCCAAUCGUAGAUAUCAAAAUGGACGUCGAGGCAGCGUUGUUAGAAAACUCGCCGACUUUGUCGACGAUCUCUUCGGAUUCCACGGAUGCGACGUACUCGGGACCCGGCUCGCCCUACUCCCCAGAAUCGCCGAUCAUCAUCACGUCCUCCUAUAAAAAAAAACGUGACGAUGAAGUCACGCCCAGACCAACGCCCAGACACCCAUCCAGGAAGCCGAGCUUCCGGAUACGACCGCCCUACCUCAUGAUCUGCAUCAGCAUCAUCGAGAUAACCGUCCACUGCCUGGGAGACGAGGCGACAUUACGGAGAUGGCUGAUCUACGAUCCCCGUCGGAGGGUGCAGGGUUGGAGGUUCGCCUCCUACAUGCUACUGCACUCGAACGCACUUCACCUCGCACUCAACGUGGUCAUUCAGCUGGUCCUGGCCACUCCACUCGAGGUGGAGCAAGGGCGAAUAGGGGUAGCGACGAUCUAUCUGGGCGGCGGAGUCUGCGGCGCCCUGGGAGCGUCGCUUCUGCAACCUAGUCUUUGCCUAGUCGGCGCUUCGGCAGGUGUUUACGCGCUGCUUACGAGUCAUCUCGCUCAUCUCUACCUGUGCCACGGCGAGCUGCGCUACGCCGGUUGGCGUCUCGGUACCGUGCUGCUGCUGGCCGGUGCGGACGUCGCGUCGCUGCCCAUCCCGGCGUUGCUCGGAUGCGGCCAGGUCGGCUGGGCGGCGCACGUCGCGGGCGCAUUGGCGGGCCCACUUCUGGGCCUGGCCGUGUUCCCGAACCAGAGCAAGAAGGACGCCCGGGGCCGCAGAUUCGUGCGGUACGUGCGGCUGCUCUCGGCGGUGAGCGUGAUGCUGCUGAUCGUCGGCGCCAUCCUCGGCAACGUCUACCUGAUUGCCCUGCCGCAGUUCAGGAAGCCGUCCUGACAGAGGAUCGAGAUGCUCGUCAAGCUCUGCAGGCGGUCCUUCCUGAUCGUGAAGAUCCGGGAGGCCACCGAGAGCGUGUUCGAGUAGACCUCGCGAUCGAUCGCGUAACUGUCACUUUGGACUUUUCCUUAUCUCUCACCUCUCAGAUCUCACGUGAAUCUCGUGCAAAAUAUCCAGUCCUAGUCCAUUAGACACGAAUCACGCUGAAGCGACACGCGAUCGUGACUUCGGGAAAUCCCAAGAAAGAGACAUUUCACUCCAGGGGAAGAUCGUGCGAUCGGUGCGCUGAGACACUUGUGAAGGAAUUUGUGUUCGAGUCGGUGGGAGGAAACACCAGAGAGAAAGAGAGAGAGAGAGAGAGAGAGAGAGAGAGAGAGAGAUCGACGGCUUGUCGAACUUGUUCGUGCUACUCGCUGCCAUUAGAAUCUCCAUUGGAGGAUGUCGAGGACUCAUUAGACGGAGUAUGCGGAGUUAGAAAUCACGGAGGCACUCGAGGGUGACUCCUCGCGCCUGAUACUUUGAUAGAUUUGAUAUUACGAACAUCGGCGAACGUACUCGCGACUUUUUCUACGGACAGGUAAGAUGUUUAAAACUGCCGACUGUAAACCCCGCCGAUAGGAUCGGGUUGUAACAAUUCAAUAACAUAAUAUUUCGUAAUGAUUUCUCGUUAUAUAUCGAGCUCUAUUAUGAAUGAAUAAAGUUGAAAGUGUGAAAUGUGUGUAUAAUAAAAAUAAGAAAAAUUUAUCUGGUAACAAUGUACGAGGCUAAAGCGGCUAAGGUGACGAGCGAUUAUUGUAGAGUGUGAGGAGCAGUUUAUUUAAAUGAACGCAGGAGGUGACGAUAUUGUUAUGGCUCGCGUGGUAAAAGAACCGCGAUUUCGAGUACGUUAAAGCUAAUAUGUCGCAAUGAUUGAGGAUAAUGGGACACCUUCAUUCUUUCAAUUACUUCAAUUAUUAACAAUUUUAGCGUGUACGAGAUGUGUAAGAAGAUGUAUAAAAUAAAGCGAUCUUAUUGCUAACGUAAACGUGUUAUGAUAUAAUGAAAAAUUUUAAUAAUGGCAAGAUAAAUAAAUGUAUCGAUCGUUAAUAAACCAAAGUUUAACGACUGCGCGACUGCGAUCUCGAGCUGCGAAACUGUAAACUCUCCGUACAAACUAAUUCGCUGUUGUAGAAAUAACAUCGUAAUCCCGAAUCAUCUUUUGACGUUAUCAACUAAUUGUAGAGCGAGAAGGUAACGGAAUUAGGAGUCCAAAUUGAAUUCCUUCACUUCCGUUAAGCCAAAGUCCUGCCAUGUUUUCCGAUAAGUGUGCAAGAGAGGAAGAUCUUUUAUAGCUGUAAUCAUAGCGCAAGGAUAAUCGCGUUUCUAUUUACGAAGCUGUAAGACUUGCGAAAUAUUUAUAGCGUAGCGUAGCAUCUUUAAUCACGAUGUGCAGUGUUUGUUAAGAGAGUUCGUGCGCGCACCGGAUUUGGAGGCGUCAAUUUUUGACCGUGUUGUUUCUCUCUCCGCUUCGAUUCAUCAUAGCCAACGAUCGACGCCACGGAUCGAACGGUAACAUAAAUUAUCGUUAUUAUAACUUGAAUUAAUAGCUCGGUUAAACUUAUGCUUGUCAGAAUUCUUCUGAUAAACCAUUAGACGAGGCUGAAGAAGUAAGGGGGGGGGAUAACGAUCGUGGCCCGCUGCACACGAAAUUGGUGUUCAAGGCGAUCUAAUCGAUAGCUUUUUCCUUAAUUUGAGUAUAUCGCUAGUCGCUUUUAAAGUUUGUUAAUGUCUGAGAAUUAUUAAGGAAAUUGCGGUGACGCGCGGUCAAAGAGAUAUUAGGGCCGAAAUAAAUUAUAUUCGCGCGUAAUACACGCAGCAUGUAACGAUAUGAGACUGCGUACCGAUGUACACUGCCAGUUUACUGAAAAUCUACGGUAUACGUAACGUGAACUUAUAGGCUUUCAGUACUGGCAGUGAAUUUUGGAACGCAACCAUAGAGCGCAAUGCCAUAUGUGAGAAAAGUAAUGUGUUCUCCCGGACAGUUAAUCGUAUAUUCGUAUACCUAUUUGUUUAUCAGUGUUACAUGAGACGAACUGGCUGUGAUUAUGUUAGUAUUAUCGUCGACAUGAUUACACAUUACUAUAAAAAUCUUGUAAAUAUAAAUUAUUAAAUAUAAAUAUACGAUCACACACACACAUAUACACACACACACACACACACUACACAUGCACGUACUGUGAUUUUGCCGCGAGUACACACAUAACGAUACCCCGUUAUCUUCAUUAUAUAUCGAAACAAUCGACUGCCUGCAAUAAAAUUCGUGCGAAUCGUAUAUGACAA